GAUUUAUUACAUAAUCACCAUUUGUUUCAACAAUUUCGUACAUAAUUGAACCUAAGUUUAUCACCAAACAAUGUGGCAAAGUUGUUGCCUCAAAAAAAAAAAAAAAAUUGUGGCAAAGUUGUACAUAGUAAUAUGAGGUAAAUCUGAUAGCUGUUCCUGAGAAAAAUUACUCAAUUAAUUACAAGUUUGCCCUUUAAUUUACAUUCUAAUACUACUCAUUAAUCGGCCUUUUUAAAAAAAACUUGUUAAACACACAGAAAAUACAGAGGAAUUAUUUACGAUAUUCUUGAUUCACUGAAGCGUCUUGUACUCUCAAUUCUCCAUUGAAGCGGCUCGUAAACUUGUUCUCCUCCAUUGAAGCAGCUUCUGAGGUUUGGAGUUCAUGGCUGAGGGAGAGGAAGACUUGCCCAGGGAUGCAAAAAUUGUGAAGUCAUUGUUAAAAUCUAUGGGUGUUGAGGAGCAUGAGCCCCGUGUUGUGCACCAGUUUCUGGAGUUGUGGUACAGGUAUGCUGUUGAUGUCUUAACGGAUGCACAAGUUUACUCUGAACAUGCUGGCAAAGCCUCAAUUGACUGCGAUGAUGUUAAGCUUGCUAUCCAAUCAAAAAUGAAUUUCAGCUUCUCACAACCCCCACCUCGGGAGGUAUUACUCGAGCUUGCUAGAAACAGGAACAAAACUCCCCUACCAAAGAAUGUUGGAGGCUCUGGAGUUCCACUUCCUCCCGAAGAGGAUACGCUGAUUUGCCCAAAUUAUCAGCUAGUGAUACCAAGGAAGCAGAACCUCCAGGCAUUAGAAGAAACAGAAGAUGAAGAGACUGCUACUCCUAGCACAUCUCAAGAGCCAAGAGCUGAUGUGAUGCAGACCACUCCUCAGAGAGUCUCCUUUCCUCUGGGAGCUAAGCGUCCAAAAUGACCUCUGACCAUUACUUAUCAGACACAACAUUCAUCAUUUCAUUGUAUGCUCUUUUCCCUUUUGAAGAGCACCAUGUCAGGUGAGAUCUCCAAUUUUUUUAUGUAAAUGGGAUUCCUGGGAGUUUCAAGUUUCUAGUAUGAAAAUUCAUCAAGGUGGCCAAGUGGGAGCUUAUAGAUCAGUCAUCUGCUUUUUUAACUUGAACGAAAACUGCCUGUAUGCUACUAACACCAUAAAACUGUAGCGAAUGUUAGAUAAAUUGUAUGCAUCUGAAGAUUACGACCUGUUAUCUUGUUGUAUCUUAAUUCAGUAAUAGUAAUACUGUUUUAUUUAUUUAUUUA